AUGGGUACCGGCGGCUGCUGCUCGGCCACGUCACCAAUAUUCGGUGCUCGACCGAAUUCUACCGGCGUCCCAGGAGAUGAUUGCACUACGGGAACGCUCAGUAGCCAUGGUGUGCGAGCUCUCAGAAGUCCAGCUCGCAACAGUGUAGGGCAUGUUGGCAAAUCUCGUCGCCGAAAUAGCUUCCGGGUCUCCAGAGAGCCCCGGCGAUCGACGGCCUCGGCUUCUCAGCAACUAAAUCCUGGCAUGCCCCAAGUUGUAAAUGAACGCUUCAGGGAUCCAAAGACUGAGAUCAGUGCACUCAGACAGGGAGAGGAAUUGUUUUUAGCUCAAGAUUUCGCGACACGUCCCGAAUUACAAAGAUCACAUUCAACGCCCAUUGCUGCGCACAGUCGAAAUGCUGCUGUAAUUCACAAAAUUCCUCAUACCGUGCAAGCCCAAGCACAGGAAACAUGGCACACAAAGAUUGAUCAACUACUAAAGCAAAAUGUCGGAAUAAUGGAUCCAGUGACAGUUGCUCAGGAAGAAAAGCCUCAUGAGAUGUUUAGGCAACCGAAUACCCACGCCAUCACCAAAGAGCAGCUGGUCAACGAAGUGCGGGGAAUAUAUACCGGUCUUGUCAUGGUGGAAAAGAGGUGCAUCAAGAUCGACAGGGAACAGAUGCAAUCAAAGGACGAAUUGUCACAGCCUAAGUGGCAAACCCUUGUCUCACUACACCGAACCCUACUCUACGAACACCACGACUUUUUCUCGCCUCCCAGCACCCCGCGCAUGUGGCGCUAUGGAGUGCAUUCAUUCCUAGAGCUCUUGCGUUAUAAACUCCCCGGCUCGAUGGAGUACAUGCUUGAUUUCAUCUACCUCUCGUACUCGAUGAUCACAUUGCUGCUAGAAAGCGUGCCAAAAUUCCAAGAGACCUGGAUCGAGUGCCUAGGGGACUUGGCGCGGUAUCGCAUGGCCGUAGAAGAACUUGAUAAGAAGGAUCGCGAAGUCUGGGCAGGGGUAUCGAGGUAUUGGUAUAAUCAAGAUGCAGAAAAAAGCCCGGAGAAUGGCCGCAUCCAGCAUCAUCUUGCUGUGUUAGCACGCCCGGAUAUCCUUCAGCAGCUUUUUCACUACACGAAAGCAUUGAUCAGUGUGCGCGCAUUCCCAAAUGCCCUCGAGAGCAUGACACAGCUAGUCACUCCUCUUAUGAAGGUCCCGAUCGAGAAGCAAAACUUGAUCGCUUCGUUCGUGACCACGCACGGUGCGCUGUUUAUGCAAGCUCCGGUUGAGGAGUUUGUUUCUCGGGCGAAUGUGUUUCUUGCUACUCUACGUAAGGAGAUUAGCCGGGUAAGCCGAGAUGGGCAGCAAGGUGCCCAAAUGACUUCUUGCAAUAUCGCUGCGAUAUUUCAAUACGGAAGGGAAGAUGGAGUGAUAGAAGCAGACUGCACAGUGAAGUUGCGCAAUCCUACAGCAGACGAUCGCCUAGCGGCGAUGAAAUGGGCAUCUCAGACGACAGAUACAACGCCUAUAUAUCCAACAUACAGUGAUCUCUCAUCCCAGCUUGCAUUCCAGGCGAGCUCUCUCGCCUUCCACACAUUAAUUGUCAUGCUCCGUGAGGUUGGCGACCCGAAUAUAUAUCCGGGUGUGCACAUCUCCAUGGCAUUUGUAUGGUACCUCACGCUCAAUCCAGCGGCUAUAAAACGACUAGAGCCGUUGAUUCCGUGGUCGUUACUUGCAAGUUAUCUCAACACCCUGUUCCGUCCCGACACGAUCAUUUCGAAGAUCGAAGACGAAUCAUUCCCACUUCUUGACGACUCUGCUACACAACAGCUACCGGAGGACUUUUUGAUCAGAGGACAGGCAUGGAGCCGGCUUUAUUACCCAGAAAGAUUCUUUGAGGGGGCUCCUACAGAAGACGAAAGACCAUCAACAGAAGAACAUUCGACAGUGAUACCCAGAAGACAUCGAUGUCUGUGGCUUGGAGUACGCAUCGCAACUUACACCCGCUGGAUAACCUACGACCAGACACGGCGUUUCACGCCCACUAGAUUAGCAGAAGAAUUUGCGCCGAUAGCUGAAUCCCCCGUGUAUCUCCAUGGUAAUCCUCAUCUGGUAGGGACUGGGACAUUAUCAUUCGACGAGGAGAUGCAGGAAGCUUGA